AAGGGUACAAAUCUCCCCUCCCUUCCCUUACCCUCUCUUCCCCCUCCUUAUCCCCAAUCCAAGCAGAGCCUAAGGCUUUAUGAUUAAAAGGGAAGGUAAAGAGAGUUGGGUCAAUUUUCAGCAUGAGUGGCUCCUGCAUCAGGCCUUAUGCUCCCAUAAUUGUCCUUACAUUACAUUACCCACCUCAGCUCAACUGGCGGAGAGGAGGAAAGGACAAGCAUCCUUAAACGACACCUCUACUGCACAAUACUAAACUCCUCCAAAACGACAUCAUAUUUCUUGUGACAAUUUUGAGCACCGAUUUGCAGAUAGAUACAUCUCUCAAACACAGCAAUCCUCAUGUACCUCAGAAAACCCAACUCUAAAACCCUAAAAACUCCUCAGUCCAUCUCUCAAAGUCCAAUCUUUCCCUCUAUAAAACCCAAGAGACCUUCGUAUAAGUAUAUUCAAACCCAAAAUUAUGUUGAUGUUUACAUGAAAUGGAAAAAGGAUCCAUAUUACGACUCAAUAGAGCACAUACACAAGUCUCUAGAGCUAAAACCCAUAAUUUCUUUAAAGAAUAUCAUAACCCAAAACCCUAAUGGCUGUAUCCCAAUCUCUGAUGUGUCAAAGAAAGGAUUGCAGUUUGACGUCAAAAUCAAGGUUACUAGGUUUUUCAGGCAAUACCCAUCAAUCUUUGAGGAGUUUAUUGGUCCUAAGUACAAUCUGCCUUGGUUUAGACUAACCCAAGAAGCUAUUGAGAUUGAUAGAGAAGAGCAAAGGGUCUUUAAGGAGUGUAAAGGGGAUUUGAUAGAAAGGUUAAAGAAGUUUAUAUUGAUGAGUAAAGAAAAGGUAGUGCCUUUCAAGAUUAUCCAAGGGAUGUUGUGGUAUAUAGGUUUGCCAGAGGAUUUCCUGCAAAACCCGGAUAAGAAUCUUGAUGGGUCUUUUAAGGUAGUGGAGUUAGAGGAUGGCUUAAAGGGAUUGAGUGUAGACAGUGGAGAAAGGGUUCUUUCUAUUUUGCAACGAAAUGCAAUGAGUAAAGGUGUAUACUGUGGAAAACCAAUGGAGGCAAUUGAGUUUCCACUUUUUCCAUCAAAGGGUUUGAGAUUGAGGAUGAAGAUUCAAGAUUGGUUAAAGAAGUUUCAAAAGCUCCCUUAUGUAUCACCUUACGAGGAUCAUUCAUUAGACCCUGACAGUGAUAUUUCAGAGAAAAGAGUUGUGGGCUUUCUUCAUGAGUUGCUGUCUUUGUUUGUUGAGCAUUCAGCAGAAAGGAAGAAGCUUUUGUGCCUUAAGAAGUAUUACGGGUUGCCCCAAAAGGUGCACAGGGCAUUUGAAAGGCAUCCCCAUAUGUUUUAUUUGUCUUUUAGGAACAAGACUUGCACUGCAAUUCUUAAAGAGGCUUAUAGAGACGAAUCGGCUAUAGAGAGGCAUCCAUUGGUAAUGGUCAGGAAGAAAUACAUUAAGUUGAUGAAUGAAUCAGAGGUGAUUUUGAAGAAGAGGAGGAGAAGGGUGAACAAUUCAUUUGUUGAAUCUCAAAAAUUGGAUUCGAAUUACAAAGCUUCAAACUCGUAUUAAUUAGAGUUGAAAGUUGAUUUACUGAAACCGUCCUGAGCAUCCUGUGAUUAUCAACUUGGAGCCGUGGAGCUUAGAAUGGUCAGCAACCCCCUAAAGUUGGCUAUGGCAGUGGCAGGCAUUGGAUAGCAUAUUGUUGAAGACUGUAAAAUUGGGAUUCAUCUUAAUGGUAUAUGUUAAAAAUAAUACGUCUGGUCUGUUUCAGGUAUAAUUCCUCAUAUUCCAUUACCCAUGCCACGAAAUAUGCCACAACUAGGACAAGGAUCUUAAGGCCAAAGUGCAACAAGAGGAUACAUAUUGUGCAAUAUAUACAUGUAUAUAUAUGCGAGUUAGACCAAUGAAAUUCCUUUUAUCAUCCGAA